AAUAUAAAUAGGGUUAGAGCCCUAUAUUUGCGCAAGUUUUACUCAGGGUUAUAAACAUUGUCUGGUGUCACUAUAGCUCACUUGUUAUUUUGGAAAGUGGUUAAGUUUGAGAACAUGCUGCUGUCGAGGUUGACCAGAUCGCAUACAUAUCUACAAAUAUGUUUAUCUAAUUCCCGGUUCUUUGGAAAUGGGACGAAGCCUUUAUGGCAGGAAAGCUCUUCAUUACCUCAGGCACGAUUCUUCCCUCUAACUGAAGGAGUGAUGCUUCCACCUGGGACUUUUAAAAACAAAGUGGCCUUCAUCACAGGAGGAGGUACAGGACUGGGUAAAGGCAUGACCGCUGUUCUGUCUGCCCUCGGGGCCCAGUGUGUUAUAGCCAGCAGAAAACUGGAUGUUCUGCAAGAGACUGCUGAGGAAAUCUCACAUCAGACUGGUAAUAAGGUUCAUGCAGUGCAGUGUGAUGUGAGGGACCCGGCCUCUGUAAAGGCUGCUGUAGACAAGCUGGUCACAGAUGUUGGACUUCCUGAUGUGGUGAUAAACAACGCUGCUGGAAAUUUCAUUUCUCCUUUUGAAAAGCUCUCAGCCAACGCAUGGAGAACCAUAACAGACAUAGUUCUGAAUGGCACUGCCUACAUCACCCUGGACAUUGGCAAACGUCUAAUCAAAGCUGAGAAAGGUGCUGCAUUUCUGGCCAUCACCACCAUCUACGCUGAGAGUGGAUCUGGAUUUGUUGUGCCCAGUGCGUCUGCUAAAGCAGGAGUGGAGGCACUGUGCAAAUCUCUGGCGGCAGAGUGGGGAAAAUAUGGCAUGAGGUUCAACGUUAUUCAGCCAGGGCCAAUCAAAACCAAGGGUGCUUUCAGCCGCAUGGACCCUACAGGCAAGUUUGAGACGUCCAUGAUUGAGAGGAUACCAGUGGGUCGGCUUGGAACACCGGGGGAGCUUGCCAAUCUGGCUGCCUACCUCUGUAGCGACUAUGCCAGCUGGGUGUCUGGUGCGAUCAUCAGAUUGGAUGGUGGUGAAUAUGUGUUUAUGGCUGGGGAAUUCAAUCCACUGAGCAAGGUCACUCAAGAGCAGUGGACUGUGAUGGAGGCCAUGAUCAGAAACACAAAGGGCUCUUAAUAACUGACCACUGUUGCAAGAUGACCCACUUCACAGCUAACAGCACUGGGAUUCAUAUAAUCCAUCAAGAGCAGCAAAUCCUUACAAUAAUGCUAAAGCUAGAAUAUGAUCCAUAGGAUACACACACAGCUGUUUAUGGACACAUUGUGGAAAUAAAGAAAUGAAAUCAG